AUGGGGCUAUUACGCGAAAGAAAUUUUGAUGCGUGUAUCACGCAAAAGAGGAAAGAAAACUUCAAAAUCUGUUAGAAAAGUUUGGUUGUCACUAUGACAUCUAAUUGUGCGAAUAAUAUUAAAUAUAUUUAUCAAUUACCAUUUUUGGAGCGAUCAGAACUUUGUAAAAUAUUAAAUCAAAAUGAUAAGUGGGAAGAACUUGCUGGGAUAUGGAUGCAUUAUGAUGUAUUUGCGAUACAAAGUUUAAGGAAGGAAAAGAAUCCUACAGAUGAAUUGUUGACGAUGUGGGGCCAUCACAAUCACACUAUUUUAGAAUUGUUUGUGUUAUUGUCCAAAAUGCAACACUACCAGGCUAUGUUACCAUUAAAAUUGUAUGUAGAAGAAAAAUAUCAUAAAUUAAUCAGUUGUGGUGAGGGUAAUCUUAAUAGAAUACUUGAAAGACGUCUUCAAAAAAACACAAAGGAUUUGAAAAUUGGUAUACAAAAUUUUAAUCAGAUUGCACCACCAGAACCAAAUGUGCCAAAAAUUAUUGUGGAAAGAAACACAAAAGAGGAAUCUUAUAAAAUAUUGAAUAAACCAAUGCAAGCUAUGCACAUAGCAGAUACUCCAAGUAAUUCUAAUAAUCUACUUGUUGGUUCUGUAGCUCCAGCACAUCUUUUAUCGCCUCUUUUACAGCAUGGUAUAUCUAAUGGAAAAAGAAAUAAUGAAGUAGCAGCUAUUCAAGCAGAAACAACUCUGCCUCAAGCAAGUUAUGAAGAAUUAACUAUAGUUACAAAUGAUUGGGACAAAGGUUAUAUAUUAGGAAGAGGUGGUUUUGGAACAGUAUAUAAAGGUAUUUGGAAGAACACAGAAGUUGCUAUUAAAAAACUAGAGAAAAGAAGGACUGAUUCAAAUGAAAGUUACGCGAUCCAACUUCAGCAAUCACUUAGAGAAAUAAAAAUUUUAAAUUCUUUCCCACAUGAAAAUAUUUUACCAUUGUAUGCAUAUAGCUUGGAUAGCAAAUCACCUUGUCUUGUAUACCAAUUUAUGAAAAAUGGAUCUUUAGAAGAUAGAUUAUUGUUAAGACAUAAAACUCAGCCUUUGACUUGGAUGCAACGUCAUCAAAUAGCAAAAGGGACAGCAUGUGGUUUACAGUAUUUACAUAUAAUUGGAAAAAAGCCUUUGAUUCAUGGAGAUAUAAAGAGUGCCAAUAUUCUACUUGACAAAAGCUUUGAACCUAAAAUUGGAGAUUUUGGAUUAGCUAGAGAAGGUCCUGAGGAAGAUUCUAUGAAAGUAAGUAAGAUUCAUGGUACCAGGCCUUACCUUCCAGAAGAAUUUUUAUAUAAACGAGAAUUGUCUACAAAAGUAGAUACUUAUAGUUUUGGUAUAGUUUUAUUUGAAUUAGCUACUGGUUUAUCAGCUUAUGAUGAGUCUAGAGUACAGGAUAAAUUCUUAAAAGAUUUUAUUAAUGGUUGGGAAAAAUCACAGCUUGAUUUACUAAGAGACAAAAAGGCAGGCGAGAAAGACAGUCAGGUUUAUAACAAUUUAAUGAUUUUGGGAAAAUGGUGUACUAAUUCAGUACAAAAUAGACCUGAAAUGAGUUCUGUGUUUAAGAAAUUCAAUGGAUUAUAAUGUUUUAAUAUUCUUAUUUUUACAUCAAAGUUCUAUAUUUUGUAACAUGUACAUUUAUAGAAUUUUAAAGUAUUCUCGAAUUAUGUAUGAUAUUAA